GCCAAAAAAAUCCGAGAGAAGUUCAACCGUUACCUGGAUGUGGUCAACCGGAACAAGCAAGUUGUAGAAGCCUCCUAUACGGCUCACCUCACCUCUCCUCUCACUGCAAUUCAAGACUGCUGCACUAUCCCACCUUCCAUGAUGGAAUUUGAUGGGAACUUUAAUACCAAUGUAUCUAGAACAAUUAGUUGCGAUCGACUUUCUACCACUGUUAAUAGCCGGGCCUUCAAUCCAGGACGAGAUUUAAAUUCAGUUCUUGCAGACAACCUGAAAUCCAACCCUGGAAUUAAGUGGCAGUAUUUCAGCUCGGAAGAAGGGAUUUUCACCGUUUUCCCAGCACACAAGUUCCGGUGUAAGGGCAGCUAUGAGCAUCGUAGUAGACCUAUCUACGUCUCCACGGUCCGGCCACAGUCCAAGCACAUAGUAGUGAUCCUGGACCACGGGGCCUCUGUCACGGACACCCAGCUUCAGAUCGCCAAGGACGCUGCCCGGGUCAUCCUCAGUGCCAUCGACGAGCACGACAAGAUCUCUGUGCUGACUGUGGCAGACACAGUCAGGACGUGCUCGCUCGACCAGUGCUAUAAGACGUUCCUGUCUCCAGCCACAAGUGAGACAAAGAGGAAAAUGUCCACCUUCGUUAGCAGCGUCAAGUCUCUGGACAGUCCUACCCAGCAUGCGGUGGGAUUUCAAAAGGCGUUUCAGCUGAUUCGAAGCACAAACAAUAACACAAAGUUCCAAGCAAAUACAGACAUGGUCAUAAUUUACCUGUCAGCUGGCAUUACAUCAAAGGACUCCUCAGAAGAAGAUAAAAAGGCGACUCUCCGUGUCAUCAAUGAAGAAAAUAGCUUUCUAAACAACUCCGUAAUGAUUCUCACCUAUGCCCUCAUGAAUGGUUUGAUAAUGACUGUAAGUAAACCCUGUUAUUUUGGAAACCUACUCCUGGGAAUUGUAGGUGUGGACGUGAACUUGGCUUACAUCCUUGAAGACGUGACGUAUUACCAAGAUUCUUUGGCUUCCUAUACUUUUCUCAUAGAUGACAAAGGGUAUACACUUAUGCACCCAUCUCUUACCAGGCCAUAUUUACUAUCAGAACCCCCACUUCAUACUGACAUCAUUCAUUAUGAAAAUAUCCCCAAAUUUGAGUUGGUUCGGCAAAAUAUCCUAAGCCUCCCUCUGGGCAGUCAGAUCAUCGCAGUCCCUGUGAAUUCAUCCCUGUCUUGGCAUAUAAACAAGCUGAGAGCCACCGGAAAGGAGGCCUAUAAUGUGAGCUAUGCCUGGAAGAUGGUACAGGACACUUCCUUUAUUCUCUGUAUUGUGGUGAUACAACCGGAAAUACCUGUCAAGCAACUGAAGAACCUCAACACUGUCCCCAGCAGCAAGCUGCUCUACCACCGGCUGGACCUCCUGGGCCAGCCUAGUGCUUGCCUUCACUUCAAACAGUUGGCCACUCUAGAAAGUCCAACUGUCAUGCUGUCUGCUGGUAGCUUUUCCUCCCCCUACGAACACCUCAGCCAGCCAGAGACAAAGCGCAUGGUGGAGCACUACACGGCCUACCUCAGUGACAACACCCGCCUCAUUGCUAACCCGGGGCUCAAAUUCUCUGUCAGGAAUGAAGUAAUGGCCACCAGCCACGUCACAGAUGAAUGGAUGACACAAAUGGAAAUGAGUAGCCUGAACACGUACAUUGUCCGCCGUUACAUAGCAACACCCAAUGGUGUCCUUAGAAUUUAUCCUGGUUCCCUCAUGGACAAAGCGUUUGAUCCCACGAGGAGACAAUGGUAUCUCCAUGCGGUAGCUAAUCCAGGUUUGAUUUCUUUGACUGGCCCUUACUUAGAUGUUGGAGGAGCUGGCUAUGUAGUAACCAUCAGUCACACAAUCCAUUCAUCCAGUACACAGCUAUCUUCCGGGCAUACUGUGGCUGUGAUGGGCAUCGACUUCACACUUAGAUACUUCUACAAGGUUCUGAUGGACUUAUUACCAGUUUGCAACCAAGAUGGUGGCAACAAAAUCAGGUGCUUCAUAAUGGAGGACAGGGGUUAUCUGGUGGCACAUCCAACCCUCAUUGACCCCAAAGGACACGCACCUGUGGAACAACAACAUAUUACCCACAAGGAGCCCUUGGUAGCAAACGAUAUCCUGAACCACCCAAACUUUGUAAAGAAAAACCUGUGCAACAGCUUCAGUGACAGAACAGUCCAGAGGUUUUAUAAAUUCAACACCAGCCUUGUGGUAAGUUGGUCCCUUGCAUUCUCACAUCCCAUCCCACCGUGGAAUAGGAAAUGGAAUCAUACACUAGUAAGUAAUGGAGCUCUUGAGAGCUGUCUGAUGCCCAAGUCCAUAUGCUGUCCCCUGCCCAGCCCUGCUUCCUGGAACACUCAGCAUCGUCUUUCUGGCAGGGACUGCUUUGGUGUCCUGGAUUGUGAAUGGUGCAUGGUGGACAGCGAUGGAAAGACGCAUCUGGACAAAUCCUACUGUGCACCCCAGAAAGAAUGCUUCGGGGGGAUCGUGGGAGCCAAAAGUCCUUACGUGGAUGACAUGGGAGCGAUAGGUGAUGAGGUGGUCACGUUGAACAUGAUUAAAAGUGCCCCCGUGGGUCCCGUGGCCGGAGGCAUCAUGGGCUGCAUCAUGGUCCUGGUCCUUGCUGUGUAUGCCUACCGCCAUCAGAUUCAUCGCCGGAGUCAUCAGCACAUGUCUCCUCUGGCUGCCCAAGAAAUGUCCGUGCGUAUGUCCAGCCUGGAGAACGACAGAGACGAAAGGGAUGAUGAGAGCCGAGAGGACAGAGGCAUUAUCAGCAAUACUCGGUUUAUAGCUGCAGUCAUCGAACGACACGCACACAGCCCAGAAAGGAGGCGUCGCUACUGGGGUCGAUCGGGAACAGAAAGCGAUCAUGGUAUUAUGCCUACCCCCAGUCUCUUCAUUCCCGCUGUCUUCUCUUCAGUUCUCCAAUACGCCUUGCCUUGCCGGAGUCCACCUCAGGGACCGUCCCUGCUCUGCUCACUCUGCCCGGAACCCUUCCUCUCGCAGCCCACCCCUCCCAGCCCCACCGCUGCCCUGGGUGACUCCUCUUUCUCCUCCAGAUCUCAGCCUCAAGGCCACGUCCUCCGAGACUACCCACCGGCAUUUAGCUUCCACGGUUGCGGGGAAAAUGUGAUUCAAGCCCAAAACUGGCUCGGGCUGCUUCUGCCUGCUAACAGAGAGGGUGGCGUGAUCCUUCCUGGGAAAACCCAUCUUUAUACAGGUCCUACACUGACAGAUGAACAACUCUGAGUCCCCUGCCAGGUUUGCUGCGCCGCGAAAGGAUGAGACUCUUCAUCCUGUGAAAUCGAUCUGCGUCAGAAGCUGGGGUAGAGGGUGCUUCUGAAGGGGCUUGGAAAGCAAGAAGCCGGGGACACGUGGGGAGUCUUGAGGCCAGAGGAAGACACCAGACAUUAAAGGACCGGCACCCACAGGGAAACGUGACCAGGGAGAGCAGCGCGGGGCGCCAGGUGGCAAGGAGGCUAAGGGAGCGGCGGAUGUGGGUUUGUCUGGCUGUUCCGCGUGCACCUGCACUUCCCCUGGCCUUCACUGAAGACGCAUGGACAUGAGCCCUGAGUGAGUGACUUCAGAGGAAAUCAAGGGGAAUGAACCAAGGGCGAUGGGCCAGGAAUGGAAGACUGCAGUGCUGCAGAGUAAGAGGCCAGUGACGCAGCUCAGCGAACGAAAGAAACCCCAGGGCUGGAGGCCGCAGAAGCUCUGGAAUCCACCAGCGUCUUGGGAAGGCACUGCAUUAAC